AUGGACGCGAAUUCUAUAUCGGCAGAGUUGCUGGAAUGCCUAAAGAUAUUCAACGCCCUUUUGGCAAGGGACGAACUUUUCGGCCCGUCUGGCAUACCAAAACAUAUCUGGAACGACGAGCUUGGGAGACUUAGGAUAUGGGCUGCAAACAUUGGUGCUCAUAAGAAAGAUCAGUCCUCUCUAGAUUACCGACUCAGAAACGCCUCGCAUGUCAAAUCACAGAUAAUCAACUUGCUGCAGAGCCUGAAGAUGACGCUGCAAGACCUGGAGGAAGUUCUAGUGGAGGUCAAUGAGAAACACUCCGCCACAGAAGAAGGCACUGAAGACGAUGAAGGAAAGGCAGAGGUUGCAGAGAUAUUCAACGACCUGGUACAAGUCAUCACAAACCUCUACCGAUUGUCCAUUCUUGUACGACAGCCAUCACAGCGAGACCAGUUUCUCCGAUACCGAAAAGCCGACGCGGUCGGAUACGAACAAUUUGACCGGAAUCAUGUCCAGGAAAAGUUUCGUGGUGCCGACCCCAGAGUGAUAGACAGACUCGGGACAGCCAUUUCGAACAGACGCCGACAUCUCAAGGCACUGGAGCGGCACAGGGCCAAACUGGGAAAAGGUAUCAGCCACGCUCAUGUGGAAGAUCAUGACGGAGUGUCCACCGUUAUGUCGGGGACAUUGGCCACUGAAUACGAGGAGACAGGUGCAGUUGCGAGGCUCGAGGCUACUUCUGUAAGUGGUGAGUCCACGACAUCAUAUGCUGCAUCGUUUCUGUCGGGAAAGAGGAAUAUACAGGUCCCUCCGCCACCUGUCGGGUAUGGUAGCGACGAGCCGUUUGAAUGUCCAUAUUGCUUCUUCAUCACGACGAUAACGAGCAGAAAGUCUUGGGCACGCCACAUCUUCCGGGACCUGAUGCCAUAUGUCUGCAUUUUCCCUGAUUGCACAACACCGAAUCAAAUGUAUAAUAGCCAGCGGAGCUGGUCCUUGCAUUUACAGACACAUGGUCAUGAUCCAGCCAACCCCUCAUCUUUAGCGGUGGGUUUCUGCCAGUUGUGCCGCAAAAGCGACAUUCCUUCCAAAGCAUACGAACGCCAUGUCGCCGAGCACCUGGAGGAACUGGCUCUGUUCGCACUGCCACGUAACAUGCAGGUUGAGGAUGAAGAUGCUGACGACGAUGAUGACGAUCAGCAGGCGCGUCCAAGCAUGGCAAAUAGCAGAUCCUCUAGUCAAGUCGGUGAAGAAGAUUUGCUACGGAGAGAUUCGGGGGAUUCUACCGAAGAUUUUUGGUCGAGGGCCGUGCACAUAGAAGGAGACGAAACGGUAACUGAGCACAACGAUGAAGGUCGACAAGAGCGCAUACGGGAGGCAAUUGAAUUGGGGUCAUCCACCCUCCUGAAACGUCUGCGCGCUGGGGCGACAGUUGAUACAACGAUCUCAAAUGCAGGGGGAGCAGCUGAAACGGGAGCUAAGUACGGUGAGGAGAUCAUUGGUCUGCGGAUUCAGAGUGAAGAGGAGGCAGUGAAGCAGGGUUUGAAGCCACUCGGCCUCCUGGAACGUCUAAAACGAGGAGCAAAGGCGGGCCUAGAUGGUACAACGCAGGUUGAAGAUCAACAGAUCCCAGGAGGACCGACCACGAGCGAACGACCGGAUAUACGGGAAGUGAUUCCCCCUCCCAAGAAGCCGAGAGCUGCCAUCCACCUGAUCACCGAGGAUGGGCAAGAACACGAAUUCGAGUGGGAGCGAUGUUAUACCUUUGGUGGUAUGGAGGCUUCGAUCAUCCGAAGGUUUGGGGCCCAAGACGCAUUAUCACGCAACAUGGUGAAAGGUCGAUGCCUGUUCAUCACGUCUGAUAAUCGCGUUAUAUCGCCCAAGGCGUGGACGGCGACGGUCAAGCCAGAUAUGACAAUUAGGAUUGUAGUGUCGCCGGGACCCUCAAGGGCAAGCGACGCACGUCCGAGUGCAGCGGCAUGGAGCGACCUCACCAGCGACGAAUGA